AUGGAGGAGGACUCAUGGAAACCAUGGAAAGAUGAAAAAACUGCGAUGACUCAAUUUUUCAUUAUCAGUCUUAAUGCGUUUAUGGGUGCUCUAGGUUUACUAAUAACUCUUUAUAAUUAUUACAAUGACAAGAAGACUGCAGAGAAGUUGUUGAAAGAGACGGCUAACCCAAAAAGUGAUACCCAAGCAAACGAGAAACCAUUUAAAGUCAUGGAAUUGCCGCUUGUUGCUUUCCGACACGUCGCCGAUUUUUGGGAUCCGAAUGAGCAGUAUCAACUCUCCAAAUUAUCCAAAAAAAGCAAAGAGAUAAUCAAGUCAGCCAUCAAAAAGCGACCAUCCCAACUCAUUCUUGCAGUCCCCUCGAGAAUUGUUCUUGCGUAUUCUGAUACUGAGUCAUUUCACUUUCGUGUACCACACUACCAAUAUCCACUAACCAAUGAAUACAUACCGGUAGACCAUCCAAGAUUUUCACCUGAAUUCCCUGAUCGAUGCUUCCAAAUGGUCAAUGAUUUAAAAGAUUUAUUCGAUUCCGUAUUCAUAAGAUUCGCUUUUUUCCCAAAAUCCCUUAGUUGGGAGGACUUGUAUCGGAUAGUGGAUUGGAUUAAUCUGGAUGAGAGUCUUCUAAUUAUCCCUGCCAUAACUAUGAAUAAAAUGAAGAACAAUGGAAUGUUCCUGAAGAUUCUUUUGGAAAAUCUAGAGAAAAACGUGCAAGCCUUCACAAUUCGGAAAAUGGAACGAAGUCAAAAAUCUAUGAAAAUUCAUCAUAAUUUCGAAAUCGAAGAUCUCUAUGUGGAAAAUACACAGUCCAUUGAUAUCAAUGCGUUCACAAGUUUGAAGUUCAAUAGAGCGUACUUGCGUGGUGUUGACAUUCAAAGUGAGGAAAUAAACGAGAUAUUGAUGAGUUGGAAGAUGGGAAGAUUUGGAGAGCGGAUAGAGUUGUUUUACGCGGAAGACUUGGCAGUUAUGGACUGGAGAAUUAUAUUGAUUGGAUUGGAAGCAGAGUUGAGAGAUCCAAGGACUACAAAGAGGAGUACAAUUCUUGCCGACGGGACCCCCGGCUGGUUGUAUGGCGGGAUUGAUGUCAAGGGAGCGAAUGGGAAGACAGCUACAAUCUGGUUGUAUUCUUAUCAAUCGACAAAUGAAGACGAUCCGAUUCCAGAAGAAUGUAUUCAAAAAUACGAAAAUGCUCAAAGAAAUUGGAAUCGAAUCGCUGGAGACGAUGGGGAUCCAGUGAGAGAUGCGAUUUUUGUUGAUACACAUCUCACUAUCACAUUUGAAUGA